ACAACGUAUGAAUCUUUCAUGUGGCGCAACGCAGUGCAAAGCAGCGGCUUGUAUCGCCUCCGCCGCGGCGAGAGCUCGAGAGAUGGCCGAGGCUGGUGGUGGUCACCGUCAGAAAACGCCUGCGUCCACUGCUGCAGAAGUCUCUGUGCCUUACUAGGGCGUUGGGCUAUGGAGAAAACGACAACAGACAACAACCCAACGUCGCCAGUCAACGGUGGGAUCUCCAACGGUGUGCCUGCGAAGGAUAUGAAAGACGCCAACGCCAACACGACAGCCAAGUCGCGCUUACCUCGCUCGAAAAGGAUGCCUCUUCUAAAGGAUGGUUUACGGACAGGAAAGGAAGGAGGUGGGGUAAGUACAACCACCUCUUCCGCCGAGCACAGAGCCUUAUUUGACGAGAAAAUUUUGUCGCGCUUGUUCACGUAUUUCUGGCCGUGCGAGAGAUGCGUGCUCGCACAGGUGUGCAGCAAAUGGAAGCAGGUUCUGUACCAACCCAAAUUCUGGCGUGAAGUUACGCCCAUCCUCCACUGCAGAGAGCUGUACACCGAAGGCACGGACGGAGAAAAAAGGUUUGUGGACCUGACUAGCUUUCAGCAACGCGGGUUCGAAUCCGCUUGCUUGGUAGGCGUAGCCGAUUUGGACAUUUGCGAAUUUAUCGACAACUACCCUCCCUCCAAGAAGACCAUUAAAUACAUCUCGCUCAAGAGAUCCACUGUGACGGACGCGGGGUUAGAGGUCAUGCUGGAGCAGAUGACGUCAUUGACGGGCCUUGAACUUUCGGGUUGUAACGACUUUUCCGAGGCCGGACUGUGGUCGAGUUUGAACGCUAGAAUAGUCAAACUCUGCAUCAGCGACUGCAUCAACGUUGCAGACGACAGUUUGGCCGCCAUAGCUCAGUUGCUGCCCAACUUGCGAGAGUUGAAUCUCCAGGCGUAUCACGUGACCGACACAGCUCUUUCCUACUUCACCACCAAGCAGAGUCACUCCAUGCACACACUGCGCCUGCGCUCGUGCUGGGAAACAACCAAUCACGGCAUCGUAAACAUCGUGCACUCCCUGCCGAACUUGACCUCCCUCAGCCUGUCGGGAUGCUCCAAGAUCACGGACGACGCGGUGGAACUCAUCGCCGAGAACUUGAAGAAGUUGCGCUCCUUAGACCUGUCUUGGUGCCCCCGCAUGACAGACGCCUCCUUAGAGUACAUCGCCUGCGACUUACACCGUCUUGAAGAACUAGUUCUGGACAGGUGCGUACGUAUCACAGACACCGGGCUGGGUUUUCUAUCUACCAUGACGUCACUGACGGCUCUGUACCUCCGCUGGUGCUGUCAAGUCCAGGACUUCGGCCUGCAGCACAUCUACAGCAUGAAGAAGCUCAGGGUCCUCUCAUUGGCUGGCUGCCCUCUCCUGACACCAGCAGGCCUAUCCGGAUUGGUCCAGUUGAAGAAUCUAGAGGAACUGGAGUUGACGAAUUGCCCGGGAACAACGCCGGAGCUCUUCCAGUACUACGCACAGCACCUUCCGCGCUGCAUGGUCAUCGAGUGAAAUGCAUCACGGGAAAACCACCAGCCAUAUCCGUCCGCCAUAUUGAAAAUGGCGUCAAGAGGACUCGUGCUUACCAUCAUCAUCACCAUUGUUUCCGUUACCCAGAAUCACUUGCGUUGAGAAAUGUAUUGCAAGACACGAAAGAAUCAGAGCGAAAUGAGAUAUUGUAGUUUGGUAGUUAUGACGUAGGUAUUGUAGAAAAGUAUGCCCGAAUAAGUACAUUUGACUUGACGAUUUGAACACCUUGCAUUGUUCUCGCUGCAAGCGAUUGUGGGUAAUGUGGCCUAUUUUCAAACCUUUCCUAUACGAAUUGAAGCGUCGUGCAUACAAACGAUGACUUCGUAGAAGGAAAAAUAUAAGUUUCUCAUUGAUGACGACUCGUUUUCAUAUCCUGACGAAGAAUUCACCAAAAGUGUUGUCAUACGAGCACUGGUGAUAUUUUUGUUUGAAUAUGAUUGAACUGAAAUGAAAAGAAAGCUUUGGGCAUAUGUCACCACUUGCUUGUGGGAUUCAUUGCCUUUGUGAUGACAAAUGAACAGGUACUUAUUUGGCGUCAACCCAGUCUGAGCUUACCAUGACGCCUUGGUAUUCCACAGCGUAUUCUCGCUACCCUCGCGAUUCUGCCAAUAUUGAAUAUCAGUAAUUGAAGUAACGUUACCGUCAGUGCUAAAUCAUUGAUUUAUGAUGUACAUUGAAUGUUCCAUAGAAGCAAUUUUGUCACUGCCAGAAGAAUUUCUAUGUGCAAUUCAGAGAAAUACCAAAGGUGAACUGAUCGUCGAGUUCCUUUCUUGUUCAGCGAGGUGUAAAAGACUGUGUGAGGAAAUGAUUGGCACUAUCGUUUUCCGGGAUUGUCCUGGAAGAAGUUCUUUUUCAACACAAAUGA